UUAUUAAUCUUUAUAGCAAGUCCCUGACAAGCUGAGUCUGCAGAGGCUGUUCAUGGCUUGUGUACCUGAUGAUGGGGAUAGUGGAUUCCUGAAGGACUAUGAGCCCCCACAGUCGUUAUGGAAACUGGUAGAGGAGUACGUACCUUUAGCUGAACUUCCAGAAAUAAAAAGCAUUUUGGGAGAAACGCUGGUUGACCUGAGCUUGGAGAUGCACAAAGAGGUGGAGACAUGGCUGGGAAUCAGCCGAGACAUGCAGUCUAAAAGUUUCAGCCAAUCUCAGACUCAAAUCUCCCGGCCAGUCUUAGCUGACCCCCCUGCCAUAAAAGAAAUGCUCAAACAGGAGAUUCACCUGUUGCUGCUCAACAUCCGUGAAAAAGCUGGAAAAGAGGGCAGGGAUGAAAACAAAGUACUGAUGAACUACAACCCCCAUGUGGUAAGCUUUGUGAUGGGCAGCAGUAAGCCUGCCAGUCGACUGGGCAGAGCAGGCAGUGGCAGGAGUUCAUGUGACAGCAGACCCCAAACAACAAACAGCAAAAGGGAAGAGCGGCCUUUUUCUAGCCUCUCAACAAGCUCCAGUGUUGAGGAUAACAUUGACGCCAUAAAGGAAAAGCUAAAUGUAGUUCAGAUUGACGAAGUUGUGACGCAUCUGAAGUUUAUCUUACAGGAAGAAUGCAACACUUUGGAAAAUGAUGUCCAGUUCUUACAGGAGUGUGUAGAAGGUGAACAUCAAUACAGGGCAGAGGUCACAGAAACGAGACGAGAACCUUCCAUGUCAGAGUUGAAAGAGGAAAGAAAAAUAAUUGAACAGGACCUUCAGCUCAGAGUGUGUACUCAGAUUCCUCCACUGUGCAGAUCUGUGCAGACAGUGUCCGGGACUCUUCAACCAAUAGAGGGUCCACCAGCUGAGGUUUUAAAGAGAAUCUUCUCAGCGCCUGUUUCAUUUCCGAACUAUACAGCACACACACGAAAGAAACAGGGCUCACCAAGCAUUGCUAUUAACAGAACAACUUGCCAGCCAAGUCCCUCUUCAGGAGCUGGCCACCUCCACCAAGCUAUGGAGUCGAUGCAGACAUUAAAAUCUUCAUGUGGCCAUGGUGAGGCGCCGUUUAGAACGUGUGUCUGGAAACCAACUCAAACAGUUUUACCAGGAGGCCAUGUUAAGUGUCUUGUCUCUGACAAUCGGAAAGGCUUUGAUCCUGCAUUGUACUGCAAUCUGACUCCAUCAGGCAUAGAAACUGACCAGCCCCCAGGCACCCAGCAAAGGAGACACAGUUUUCAUUCAGUUCUGACUCUAGACACCAACGCAAAACACAUCACACAGGCUUUACCAUCAAGGUUUAUAUUAACACUUGAUACAGAGCCAGCUUCUAAGACUUCAGUGAAAGCUUUUGUACCAACCCCCCCAGCUGCUGGGAGGCCAGCUGGCAGACCCCUCUCUGCCUCCAGAAGGGUACGACUGCUCCAUGCAGACAGCCUUGCUGGCAGCACUUGAGUAUUACAAG